AUGUGCUGCUCAGCUGUUUUCUUAAAACGCGACUUUGACGUUUGCCGGAUUUGUGGAGGUCAGCACAUAAUGACCGAAAGACGACUUCAGUACACUAGCAAGAGCUGUAGUGGUAAUGGUAAUUGUCUACUCCUAUGGAAAGUGUUCACUUGCUCUGCCCAAGACACACGGACUAUUUGGGUCAAUCAUCAUGGCCACGUUCGGGGUGUCUUUCCUUGCUCAGCAGCGCACCCACAUCGAAUAACACUUGCUAUGAAGACGUUCCUAGCAGCGCAGGAUGAGAUAGGGAUACCACCGAGGCUCAUUAUGGUAAACUUGAAAAGGCAAGAGAACAUGCAAGUGACUAGCCGUGGGUGGCCAGACCUAAAGCAGAUUCGAAAUGCACCGAAGCGAAUUCGACGUGAGCAAGGAUCCAAAAACUCACGAAAAUCUAUACAGGAUUUGCUUUUUUGUUUGGAUCUAAGAUGGACAGAGAAGGCUAUGCCUACGUCGGGUCCGGGAGUGAUGCUCAUUCGUUCAUAA